CGAGGACUGGGAGGCCAUGCCCCAUAAGCGCUGAACAGAUUGGAAUGGGGGGAGCUGCCGGCUUCAUGAGGCCAGGCCAGGCAGCAGAGGCCGGCUUCCUCGUGAAGAUGCUCUUCUUUCUCCUCUUGUGCAGACACGUCGACUCCCACUGCAAGAUUCUGCGCUGCAACUCUGAGUACGUGGCCUCCACGUCCAACCUGCGUGGCCCCAACCGGAGCACUGCCUACUGCAACGCCUUGCGCUCCUACUCCCGCUGCACCCGCCGGAUGGCCCGCACCUGCCGCGGGGACCUUGCUUACCACUCGGCCGUCCACGGCAUCGAGGACCUCAUGAUCCAGCACGGCUGCUCCAGGGAAGGGCCCACCUCGCCACCACGACCCCCCCAGCCGCCGGCCCCCAACCCCCAAGCCUUUGGGUCCCCCGACUUCUGCGAUUACGAGAAGCGGUUUGCUGUGAAACACGGCCGGCCCCCUCUGUACCUGCACUGUGCCGCCUUCGGGGACCCCCACGUGCGCACCUUCCACGACGAAUUCCACACCUGCAGAGUGGAGGGCUCCUGGCCCCUCCUGGACAACGACUACCUGUUUGCACAGGCGACAAGCUAUCCCGUGGCGAAAGGCUCCAACGCCACGGUCACCGGCAAGCUGACGAUCAUCUUUAAGAACAUGAAGGAAUGCAUUGAUCAGAAGGUGUACCAGGCGGAAAUCGACAACUUUCCGGCUGCUUUUGCGGAUGGUUCCCUGAACGGCGGAGAGAGGCCUGGAGGGAACAGCUUGACCAUCCACGAGCGCGUCCCUGGGCGGCACGUGGAGAUCCGAGCAGCGUACAUCGGCACCACCAUCGCCAUCCGCCAGGCGGGCAGGCAGCUCUCCUUCUCCAUCCGGGCAGCCGAGGAGGUGGCGCGCUCCUUCACGGAGGAGCAGGACUUGCAGCUCUGCGUGGGGGGCUGCCCCCCCAGCCAGCGCAUUUCCCGGAGCCAGGGCUGCUGCAGCGGCGGCCCCAUCCCUGCCGAGAAGGCCCAGCUCCUGUGCAAGGAGAAGCUGCCGGUGGAGGACCUCUACUACCAGUCCUGUGUCUUUGACGUUGUGGCUUCCGGCGACGCCAACUUCACUCUGGCUGCGCACGGGGCGUUGGAGGACGCCAGAAUGUUCCAUCCAGAUGCCAAGAAACUCCACCUCUUCCAAAACAAUGCUGCAGGAGCUCGCUGUGGCUCAGACCUCCUCCUUUUCCUCCUCACCGCAGCCGUCGUUUCAGUUCUUCCGCAGCACUUUUAAAGGUCUUUGUCAGUUGGCGACAAGCUCUGUUGGAGCCCUCCUAGAGGCUGGGGCCAGCAGCUUGGAGUCCCAGAAUGCACCUGUGGGCAGAGGGAUGGCCAAUAGAAGCCUGUACUUCUCUGGAGUGGGUGGGCAGUCUAGGGCAGCAUCUGGAAACCUCAAAGCUGAGGGCCAAACUGGGUGAGAUGCUAGCCCCACGUUCCCUGUGAGGACAUGCCUCCCUUUCGUUGGGCUUGGCAAAGCCGUUGAAGAGUACCUCAGGGGCCCAAUUCUGGUUGGUGUUGAGAGUAGAAGGCCCUCCUACCUUCCCUGUGCUGCUUUUCAUCGCCCAAACGGUGCUCGGGUGCCUGUUGGCUCACAGGCCCAGGACUGGGUACCUCUGAAGCGGCUUUCCCUGAGGUGACAAAAUGGCGGUGCAUCGCCAGGGCUAACCAGGGAGUGGCUUCUUUUCCAGUUUGGCCCAGGGAGAGAGGCCUGAGCAGCCAGCCUGCAUCGGAGGAGAACUCUUAGCAGGGCGCUGAACAUGGAAGGUUAUUCUGGCCGAGAAGUUUGUUUUCCUUUAUGCAAGUUCUAGUUACCUAAUUCCUGCUGAUUUGGCUGCCCGGAGAUGUCCAGAUUGGCUCACUGCCAGGCAGGGUUGUUAACCAAUUAAGAGAAGAAGCUGCUGUUUCCCCUGGAAGUCAGGGUGAUGGUCCAAUCAGGGUAACAAUGACCCCCGCAGACCGUUUUGCAAAGAGAUGCUCGGGGGUGGGAUUUUAGCAGGAGCUCCUUUGCCUAUUAGGCCACACCCCCCUGGUGUAGCCAAUCCUUCUAGAGCUUACAAGGCUCUUUUUUGCAAGCUCUUGGAGGAUUGGCUGCAUCGGAGGGGUGUGGCCUAAUAUGCAAAGGAGCUCCUGCUAGAAUUCCACCCCUGGAGAGGCUCAUGUCCAUUUUGAAUGACGCCGCUUUGGGAAGGCUCUCUUUUCUUUCGUUCCAUUGAUGCCUUUGGUCCAGCAGGUUGGGGAGGAAAUGCAAAACCGGCCAGAUCUUGCUUGCUGGGGUAACUUUGGGAUGGGUCUGUGCCCCACAAAUGGCACCUCACUGGGUCCAGCUGUGCCUUUAAUUCUCAGGGGAAGGGGGAGCUCUCGGGCUGUCUUCAGCAAGGCAAUUUGAUGAAGCCCGCUGACAGCUGGAGGUGCAAUCUGUUGGGAAAUGCAGCGUGGAAGUCUGGCACAGGAGACCUUCGCCCUGGAUUAUGCCCUGAACCUGUUUACUCAAGAGAAACCCCACCAAAGACCUCAAGAGAACCACUGGGGGAUUUUGUGCUUUUAGCCCUACCUACCCUGGCAUGAGUGAACUCGAACAAUCUUUUGCUUGGUGUCUUGAGAAACUACCAGGGAAUGUAAAUACAAACGUUAAAUACUUAAUAUAUUGAAAGUUGAAGGCUGUUAUGGUAAGUUAGCAGUUGUACUAGUUAGAUGCUGUUAUUUUUCACGGUAAAUGCAAACUGCAGAAUGUCAUCUGCAUACGAAGCCAGAAAGACGAAAGGCGAGAGAAGGACCAGCCCUCGCGUAUGGGGGUCUUUCAGCAAAAACUUGCUCUCUGUUAAUCCUGUGGAGUUAUAAUUUCGCUAAAACAGCAGAAGUGCCGGAGAAAGAAUUUAUGUUUUGCAAAACCAUUUCCUUACAAGCCAUGAUCUGCAGCUCCCUUUAUCAGUCUGCGGCCCAUCUACGGUUAGUGGAAAGGCAAGGAAAGGCAAGUAGAAUUACUGCAAUGAAAAUGUCAAAUGCUCUUCUGUGCCGCAUUUGCCAGAAAUUGAAGUGUGCUUCACUGCCGAGGCUCCGCUCCCCAAAUCUGGGAUCUGUAGUCCUGCAGGAGCUUUGUGAAGGUUCUGGGGCUCAGAGUUCUUCACCCAGCUCUUCCAGGACAAUCCCAUUUUUCUUGAGCUACUGAAAUGGUUCCAACCCACUCCGUAGACACAAUUCGGGAAUCCACAAGAGACUGGCACAUGGACAAGCGUGUGCCUAGCGCCUUGCCUGUGAAAUGUCACUCGAACUCUGGUUUUGAAUUGCUGAGUACUCCAUUGUGGGGGCCACAUUUUGGCUGACAACAAAUGUUGCCCAUCAGCCCCCAUCAUUCCCAAACUCGGGCGGGGCAGGGGGGGACACACAAAAUAACAGCAACGAUAGCAACCCAGCAUGUUGGCUUUGUUAAUCUGCAAGUGUUUGUCAUUAAAAUAUGUUUAUUUUUGAA